AUGGCACCCCAAGACCGUCUAAACCAAGUCUCCUCCCACCUCAACUUCCCCCAGGGACUCUUCAACAACCAAACCGCCAUCAUCACCGGUGCAGGACAAGGCAUUGGCGCCGAAGCAGCACGCCUAUUUGCCAAUGAAGGUGCCAAGGUUGUCGUUGCUGAUAUCGAUCAGGUCAAAGCAGAAGCAGUCGCCAAACGCAUCAAUGACAUCUCGCCCAACCGCGCAAUCGCCGUUGUAGGCGAUGUCAUGGAUGCAGCUUACAUCGACACUUUAGUAAAGAAAUCCGCUGGAUUCGGCGGUGGAAAGAUUCAUAUUAUUGUCAACAAUGCUGGAUUUACAUGGGAUGGCGUUAUUCACAAGAUCACCGAUAAACAGUGGGACACCAUGCUCUCAGUGCACAACACAGCACCAUUCAAACUCGUCCGCGCCGCAGCGCCCUACUUCCGCGUAAAGGACAAGGAGCCUCGCGUCAUUAUCAAUAUUAGCUCUACCAGCGGAACCCACGGCAACGCAGGCCAAGCAAACUACUCCCUCGCCAAAGCCGGCGUAAUCGGCCUCACAAAAACAAUCGCCAAAGAAUGGGGCCCGCAAUUCGGUGUCCGCGCCAACACAAUCGCAUUCGGCUACAUCCUCACUCGCCUCACAGCCGCAAAGGAAGACGGCGCAGCAUUCGUUGCUGCGGACGGCACAAAGGUCGCUUUGGGGAUUCCAGGCCGAAAGCCAUCUGCGCAGGACACGUUGGCGGCUUAUACCGACAUUCCGCUCAGAAGACCAGGGACAGCGGAGGAGGCGGCUAGGUCGAUUGUAGGUGUGGCGAGUCCGUGGUUUUCGUAUGUUAAUGGGGAGACUAUCGAGGUUACUGGGGGGAGGAAUAUUUAA